AUGGCAUCUCCACAAGAAGAAAAUGUUCAAUUAAACUUUUGUAAUACAACAAAGGAAGAAGAGUUUUUACUUACAGAGUCUACUGGUUUUUAUGAAGAAUUUGAAGACGACGAAGUUUUUCUGGUCGAUUCUCAAAUUACCGAUAUGGAUAGAUCAUCUGACAUUCCACCUCGCCCUAGGAGAACUUCAGAUGUUAUUGAUUGCCAUGGUGGAGCAAUAUCAUCUGCACAUAAUAAACGCCAUAGUUUUACUUCUUUGUCUGGUGAUCUUGUAUAUUCUGCUACAUCGAAGGCUACCAAUAUCAGAGAGCUUAAUACAUCUAGGCGUACUGAGUUGACCACUGAAACACUCGAUCAAGGUUAUAGUAGUCCUGGAGCACAGUCUUCUAGCAGAUCUUUUAAAGGGACAACAUGGUUUAGAUUUAGUACCAGUAAUGAUGCGGAUUCUGUUGAUGCUAUUCCUUUUAGUGUUAUCACAGCUGGACAAAAAAUACUUAAUCCUUCCAAUAGUAACAAGUAAAAUGCCAACUAAAGUUAAUUUGGAUAUUGUUGGUAUGAAUUAAUUUUGAUAAUAUUUUAUAGUGAGUUGAGCCCAGAGUCCAAGAAAUUGAGUGAUGCAGCAUCUAUGCCUGUUGCUCAAGAUGCUUUAUGCUACAAUAUGGAUCAUGAAAAUCGAGGUUUUGCUGUUAUCAUCAAUAAUGAUAUUUUUGACCCUCAUACAAGUUUAUCUGAAAGAAGUGGUUCUUGGAAAGAUGUUGAAGAGUUGAAAACAAUGUUCUAUCGGUUACAUUUUAGAGUUGUGGUUUGGAAUAACUUGUCUCAUAAUCAAUUGAUUGCUCGUGUAGGCGAAUGUAUGUAUAAUUAAACUUGUUAAAAUUCAAUUAUGUAAUUUUUAUAAUAUAUAAUAUUUAUUUUACAGUGGUUAAAUUUGAUCAUACAAAUAAUGAUUGUCUUGCUUUGGUUGUGUUGUCUCAUGGUGUUAAUUCUUCAUAUAUUUAUGCUCAAGAUUCAUUAUAUCCUGUAGAAACAUUAUGGAAUUCAUUCACUGCUGAUAUUUGCCCUUCACUAGCUGGAAAACCUAAAUUAUUUUUCAUACAGGUAAUAGUUAACCCCAAAUUUAUAAUAAAAUUGUGAAUUUUUUUUUAAACAUUUUGAUAAUUGUUAUUUAAGGCCUGUCGUGGUGAGAAACUUGAUGCUGGUGUAGUACUGAACAGAGAAGCAAGAACCGAAGUUGAUUCUUGUAAUACUUCUUACAGAAUCCCUAAACAUGCAGAUUUCUUAAUUGCUUUUAGUACUUAUGAUGGUAUAUUUGGAUUAUCUCUUCGAUGUAUUUUAUUUGUUCAAUAAGUAUUAAUAAUUCAUUUUCAUUUUAGGUUAUUAUUCAUUUAGACACCCUGAAGAUGGGACUUGGUUCAUUCAGAGUUUGUGCACUGAAAUUAAUAAUCAUGAUCUUAGUGCUAUAGACAUAUUGCGAAUUAUGACUCGUGUGUCUAGACGAGUUGCUUUGGACCACGAAUCUUAUAAUCCAGAUUGUCCUUGGCUCCACCAACAAAAACAAAUACCUACUAUUCACUCGAUGCUCAUUAGGGAUGUGUAUUUCAAACCUAAGAAGAAACCACCUCCUGAACCACAAGUCGUAAACAUGUUUACUGGUAUGUAUUAUGAUAUAAUAUUUAUUUUUAUAGUAAAAGUAUGAAAUGUGAAAUACAGCUGUGUACUUUUAGUGUUAUGUUUUAAGUACAAGAAAUUGUUUGCUAAAUAAAUUUCAUUUUUUCGUCUAUUUUACCUUAGGUAAACAAAUUAUUAUUAAACAUAGGUUAUAAUAACAAAAGUAUAUUUAUUCCAUUUUUAUUUUAUGCAAAAUUGACAAUAUAAUAGUUAUGUUUUUAACAAUUUGUUAAGAACUUAAAUAAACUUUUGCUAUAUAAAUUUCUUUGUUAUCCAAAGACAUACUCACAAUCUGAGUUUUGUCUAUUUCACCUUAGAUACAGUGGACCAUAGCUUAUUAUGACUAUUAAAAUAUGUGUGCUCAAUAUUAUUUUAUGUAAAAUAUUUUUGUGUACUGUGUUAUUAUUUAAGUACACAAAAAUUAUUUGCUGUAUAAAUUUCUUUGUUAUCCAAAAACUCAUUAUAUGCAUUUUGUUGUUUAUUUCAUCUUAGAUAGACAUAUUAAUGGUUAGCAAUUAAAAGGGCGAGAGCCGAAAAAAUUAUAUUCUACAUAAAUUGUUUUACAGCUUUAGAACAUUGUAUAACCAAUUUACCAAACUCCAAUCACUACUUUUUUUUUAAAGAUUUCUUGUACCUACUUGUGAUAAUGAUAAUAACAAUAAUAAUAAAUACACUGCACUGAGUUCUGGUAGGUUAGUUAAGUAAAUUAAGCAUUCUACGUUAUAAAUAUUUUUAAAGACUCCUUUAUUUUUUAGGUAUUAAUUGAUAUUAAAACCAUUAAACUAUUAACACAACUUGUUUUCUUAAGUAGAAAAUAAUUUGACUUUUUUAUAUACACAAAAACUAUUUUUCUGUAGUUUUGAAGUACUAUUAAAUCAUACAAAUUUAAUGUAAAUUACUAUUUACUUGUUUCUUUUUAAGUCAAAAUAAAAAUAUUAAAAAAACAAUCUCUGUAGUGAUUACUAACCAAUGAUAAAUGAUAAAAUGAUAAAUUUAUGUAACCGCCAACAAUGGCCUUUACUGAAUGCAGUUUACAUCUUUUAAUUGGCCGUUUAUACCUAAUUUUUCAAUAGUUUCAAUUCUAUGGUUUUUAUAACCUUAAGUAAAUCAAAAAUUGCUGAUUAUAAAAAAAUAUUAUAUAUAUAUUUAAGUUGGAUCAAUUUAUGUCAAAUUAUGGCUUUUGCGACUAUAUGAAAAAAAGUGUCGCUUACGUUCUUUAAUCUUCUAACUGUUGAUAUUAUUAUUAUCAAUAAGUUAUUUUAACAACAUUAUAAUAUUUUAUCCUAAUUAUUUUUCUUUUCGUGCAAAAUGGAAAAUAUAAAAAUUGUGUUUUUAACAACAUGUUAAAAACUUACGUACACUUUAAAAAAUAAUUUAUAUAAAAGAAAUUAUUUCUUUGUUAUCCAAAGGCAUCAUCAAAGUUUAGUCUAUUUAACCUUAGCUACAAUUAACAACAAGAUUAUUUUAUAAUGAUUGAAUAUAUUUCAUUGUUUAUGUGCAAAAACAUUUAAGUAUUGACAGUAUUUUAUUGUUAGUAUUAGAUAUUUUUGCUAAAUAAAUUUCCUAUGCUAUUCAAAGACUUUAGACUUCAUAGGUUUUAAGUCUAUUUCACCCUUAGGAACAUUGUAAACUAUAAUAUGGUUAUGCUCAUCAUCAGAGUUUUGUCUGUUUCACCUUAGAUACAAUUAAAAAUAAGAUUAUUUUAUAAUGAUUGAAUAUAUUUCAUUGUUUUUGUGCAAAGACAUUUGAGUAUUAACAGUGUUGUAUUGUUACUAUUAGAUAUUUUUGCUAAAUAAAUUUCCUAUGCUAUUCAAAGACUUUAGACUUUGUAGGUUUUAAGUCUAUAUCACUCCUAGAAACAUUUAUUUAUUUUAUGUUUUUUUUUUUCAGAAAAGAAUAAUGGACCCUACUGA